AUGGAGCCGCUCAGCGAGAAUGGGCUUUGUCUCAGCGAGCUGGAGCUCCAUGGUGGAGGCCACUUGCACGAAUCAGUGGCGGCAUCUGUCGGGUCCGCCAUUUCCAGCUUGAUGGCGCCCUUGCACCAUGAACCGCAGCAUACCCCGUUACACCAUGCCCCGCCAUUGCAUCAUGAACCGUUGGAGAAGCUAAAACGCUUUUAUUCAGAAGGCUCUGGGGUUGUUGCAAAUUCAAAUCAUUUGAUGCCUUGA